AUGCCCCGAAACCCCACACCGGCAGCUAAGCAGCGUGUUCGGACCGGUUGCCUGACGUGUCGGAAAAGAAGGAGAAAAUGUGAUGAGCAGAAACCGACCUGUGCCAACUGUGAGGCGAAAGGCUUCGCUUGUAAAUAUAGCUCUGAUUUGGCGUUUGUGUCGCAGCGCGAGGGGGUUGUUUCCGGUGCGUCGAGACGGGCGUAUAGCAGUAUCACAUUUGUCGAUGGGUCGCCCCUUGCAGCUGCAACAAAGGAAAAGUCAAAGGCCCCACAGAAGCCUACAGAUGAUUCCCAGAGCGAUGGUUUUUCUUUAGACGAAUUACACUCUUCAGCUGGUGGCCCAGAUGGCCCAGACAACCUUGAGGAAGCCCGCCAUCCGUUUAGAUUCCAAGCCACGUUGUUAUCGGCGGCGCCUAAUGUCGACUUUUCUGAACCUCCAAUCCCGUUUGUCGGAGAACGAGGAGAACGAAGUGCGCCGGGUACUCGAUAUAUGAACAGUGCUCCAUACUUCGGGUACCGAUCCAGCACCAGUAAUCAAGCAGUAGAAUCACGAGGAGCCCUUACAAGUGGUAGCCGUGAGACUGACCUGCUUCGACAUUUCCGGUACCACGUCGGGCCUUGGAUCGAUACCGGAGACCCUGAGCUCCCAUUCGGACUCCAAGUUCUUCUGCUCUCGCGAACAAAUAGAGCUCUGCAAGCUGCAGUACUUGGAUUGUCUGCCGGUCAACGACUUCUCGUGGCAUCUCCAAAUAGCAUGGACCUGGAAAGCAGCCAGCAGUUCCGAAAGGAAGCGGAAGACAGUCUUGCGCUUGAGUAUGAUUUGACUAGAUAUGCUGGUCAUACCCUCUUGAUGCUUCAGGAUGCUCUGCCUGCUGGACCGCAGCAGUGGAGAAGUCUUCUGAUUGACAAAAUAGAGCAUAUAAGUGACUUUGCGUCCCGAGCAGUGGGAGAAGAGCUUGGGGACGCUUUGUUGUGGCUUUACUUCCGACUUGACCUCGCCGGCUCAAUAUCCUCUUCAAAGCCACCGCUUAUGCCCUUUCGAUCAUUAUUACGGCGGGAUGGCACAUUACUACAUCACCCACAGUCCACGCGGCCUCAGACCGUCAAUUCCGAAUACAAGCACAUAUUGUGUCUUCUGGGACACUGCUUAGCUCUAAUACACGGCGAUCGGCAAAUACCCACCCCCCAUACAGUUGCAUCACCAGAGCUGGCAGCAUUCCCAUCUUUACGACAAUCACACUCCCUAUCACAAUGGACAUUCCUCUGGUCAGACUGUCAGAAAUGGUACAACGAGCGGCCAGUAAAUGUUCAGCAGAUCGUGGACAUCCGCGGCGGCGAAGCCGACCAAAUUGACCCUGACCAUGACUCCUCAUUCCCAAUCCUCAUCUACACGACCCCAAUGGCGCUGGUCGCCAACGCUGUCUACCACAUGAUCUCCCUCUUAUUGUUGACCCAUAAGCCGCGACUUUUGAAGUCACUGCCUGGGCCAAGGUCUGUCACCUCGCAUAUCUGGCAUGCGCAGUCGAUCGCUGGCAUCGCAGCAAGCAAUGACUCCCCCGAGCAAUGGGAUCCGAUAUUGGUUGCGAGUCUUCUCACUAUUGCCAAGGAGAUGACGCACGAAUCCCAGCAAGCAGUUUUACUUAAACGAUUUUCCAGGAUUACAGCCACAACGGGCAUCAACCUGGACCGAGAGACCGAGGCGCUUCAAGCGGGAUGGAACCUGGCGCGAUAUGAGGAAUUCGACGAUGAACCUGAUGCUAUGAUUUCAUAA